UAAAGGAAUGAAGUAACCAUGGUAAUGUGUAAUUAAAACAGUAAAAUCAUCACUUUUAAAAGAAUAUCAAAGCAAGAGUUCUUGCACGUAUGUACAUAUACUCAAUAUGGCCAACCUACACAACGUCCACUUGACACCAGACGAUGGAGCAGAGGAUCUCUACUCUGGAUACGAGUAUUCCGCCAUUGCUGACGAGUUGGAGGAGGACCCAGAGUUCCAGCGCAUCAUCAGAACAGGAUAUGCUCAGAGACCUCGUAUCGGCGGAGUUUUGGCCCCACCCUCUGGAGUCAGGCCACCUGGUACUGGGCUUCGUACAGCCAGGCCAGUGACUGGAGUAGCCCCGGAGUCUGGACAGGCUCGGCCCAUGACUGGAGUGACUGCUGCUGGCUUCUCCUCUGUUGUGACAGGUCAACAGUUUGACCCUCUGAGACGCUCCACAGGGGCUACUGGAUCAGGGCCGGUUAUGGAGAAAGCAGAGGACAAACCUCAGGAGAUAAUCAAGAAACUGGAGCGUGGAGUGAUCCGAUUGGUAGAAGAGAGUACACAAGCUGCAGCCAUGGGAGAUUUUCAAACAGCAGUGGACAAGGCCAAGGAGUCCACUCGUAAAGAGAGAAUGUUGUGCAAGCAACGACAACAGUCUCAAAUGACAGAAACUAUUAACCUGGACCUGACCUACUUGGUGUUGUUCAACCUGGCCAGCCAGUACCAUGCCACCAACAAUCAUGCUGAGGCUCUCAACACUUACAUACUCAUUGUCAAAAACAAAAUGUUCAGCACUGGAGGUAGACUGCGUGUGAACAUGGGCAACAUUUAUGUUGAGCAGCGCAAGUACCCUCAGGCUAUCAAGAUGUAUCGCAUGGCUUUGGAUCAGAUUGGGGAGAACCAUAAGAUUGUGAGACUGCGUAUCAUGAGGAAUAUUGGACUAGUAUUUGUAAGGAUGGGCCAAUACGCCGACGCCAUCACCUCACUAGAGCAUGUCAUGGAGGAAGCACCAGACUUCAAAACAGCACUGAACCUGAUGCUGUGCUACUAUGCCAUCAGUGAUAGGGACAAACUGAAGAAGAGUUUCCACCGCAUGCUCCAGAUCACCACUGGACUUCACGAUGAGGACAGAUACUACUCUACCCUGGAGGAUGACCCCCAGCAGAGACUGCUUAUUGAGGCUAUAAAGGACGACUCAUUGCGGAGGAUAGAAAAGGAAAGGAAGUCCUCAGCCGAGGGUACUAUUCUCACAGCUGCCAAGCUCAUAGCCCCGGUUAUAGAGGCCUCCUUUGCUGUGGGGUUUGAUUGGUGUAUAGAGCGCGUCAAGGAGUCUCCCUAUUCCAGUCUCGCUAGUGAACUAGAGAUCACCAAAGCUCUCACCUUUCUUAAGCAGAAGGACGUACCUAGGGCUAUUGAGACAUUCAAAGAGUGUGGUAAGAAGGACAAUAAGAUGGCUGGUAUGGCCGCCACCAACCUCUCCUUCAUACUGUUCCUGGAGUCUGAUUUUCAAGGUGCUGACAAGUAUGCUGAUGCUGCGAUAUCCAAGGACAGAUACAACCCACAAGCUCUGGUCAACAAGGGUUGCUGUGAGUUCAGAGGAGGGGACCUGGACAAGGGGAAGGACUACUUCCAAGAGGCGCUCAAUGUUGAGGCCACUUGCACUGAGGCACUGUAUAAUCUUGGCCUGACUUACAAGAAGAGUAAUCGACUGUCUGAGGCAUUAGAAUGUUUCCUGAAGCUCCACUCUAUACUGAGGAACUCUGCUCAUGUCCUCUACCACCUGGCAGACCUCUAUGAUAAGAUGGACGACUUUGACCAGGCCACUGAGACUCUAAUGCAGCUGGUAUCACUGGUACCCACUGACCCCCGGGUAUUGCAGCGGCUGGGAGAGCUCUAUGAUGGGGACAACGAUCGAUCUCAGGCAUUUCAAUAUUACUAUGAAUCAUUCCGUUACUGUCCCACCAACAUUGACGUCAUCUCGUGGCUGGGGGCGUAUUACAUGGACUCUCAUUUUGCUGACAAGGCAAUUGUGUUCUUCGAGAGGGCUGCCCUCAUACAACCUAAUCAAAUCAACUGGCAACUCAUGGUGGCAAGCUGUUAUCGCAAAACAGGCAACUAUCAGCAAGCACUGAGCUGCUACAAAAACAUUCAUCGUCGGUUUCCUGAGAGUGUGGACUGUCUCAAGUUCCUAGUGAGACUAACGACUGACCUGGGGCUCAAGGAAGCUCAGGAUUACUCACUUAAACUACGCAAAGCUGAAAAAACUCUCGAGACUAAGAAACAGAGAGAGGUGUCUGGUGGGAGUCAGAGGAGCAAUGAUGGUAACAGUGGAGCUCCUAGAGGGCAGAGACUCAGACCACCACUAGCCAGGGAACGAAUACUGAGUGGAGAAAGUGUUGAUUCCAGCACUGGUAGUAAUCGAGGUUCAGCCAGAGAGAGGAGGAAGGAAGUUGAUGCCAGCUAUGUGGAUCCACUGGGAGAGUUACCAGAGCGACCCAAGACAGCUGCUCGGAAACAAGAAGUGGCUGACGAUGAUUUUGCUGAUGUGGAACUGGGCAAUGACCUCCUACCAGAGUGAACACUACACACAACACAGACAGUACUAUAACCUCCAGAACUGAACUCAAUAAUAAUUAUUACUGAUCUGCUUAUAAUUAUGCUUGAUUUGAUUUUUGUGAGCUCAAAAUGCUACAAAACAGUUUAUUAAUAUAUUUCUACAACUUGGUACAUAAAAAUUUAAUUGCACA